AUUUUUUAGAGUGUACUAUUAUAAGGAGAGCAAAUAUUAAUGUGCACCACUGUGGCCAAAUGCAUGCCAUAUUUCAUCCCGUGCUCAUCUGAUGCAUCAGUAGAGCAGCAUUAAACCCGCCGUCAGCCUCCAAUCAAACAGUGCUGAAGUUUCAUGAAUGGAGGACAGCAAUCCUACAAUGACAACCUCUGGGAGUAUGGAAGCGCACGUCUGCUCGAUCCUUGUCACACAAUGACGCUCUAUAAGGCGGGUUUGGUUCAGGAACGCUGCUCCGUGCCGCGCGAUGUCUUCGGCUCCGCUGCGCUGUCGUUCGUCAAAGCGAAGCAGGUGAAGUCCUGAAGAGAAUGGCCGUCAGCAGAGCGUCCUCGGAGGGAUGGCAACUUUUAGCAACGCGCCCCUGGACCUCCGGAGACUCUUGCAGAGACUAGUCAUCAUGUUUUCCUUCAGCAUCAUAGGCGCCUCGAUCCUCUACCUUCUGCUGGGACGCUGCGAGCCGGACGCGGGGGACAGUUGGGGAUGGAAUAACAAUAAGACGCCUGAUAGCGUGGAUGCAAACAGCUCAGGGAAGGACCUCCCGCACGCGCUCAUCAUCGGAGUGAAGAAGGGAGGCACGCGAGCGCUGCUGGAGUUCCUGCGGCUGCAUCCGGAUAUCCGGGCGCUCGGCGCAGAGCCGCACUUCUUUGACAGACACUACGCGCGCGGAAUCGGCUGGUACAGCAUCAUAGGCGCCUCGAUCCUCUACCUUCUGCUGGGACGCUGCGAGCCGGACGCGGGGGACAGUUGGGGAUGGAAUAACAAUAAGACGCCUGAUAGCGUGGAUGCAAACAGCUCAGGGAAGGACCUCCCGCACGCGCUCAUCAUCGGAGUGAAGAAGGGAGGCACGCGAGCGCUGCUGGAGUUCCUGCGGCUGCAUCCGGAUAUCCGGGCGCUCGGCGCAGAGCCGCACUUCUUUGACAGACACUACGCGCGCGGAAUCGGCUGGUACAGCAUUAAGACGCAUGCCAUGUCUCGCGACAUCAAGCUGAUGGUGGUGGUGCGAGACCCCGUCACCCGCGCCGUGUCAGACUACACCCAGAUCACCUCCAAGACGCCCGGCAUCCCCAGCUUCGAGAGCCUGGCGUUCAAGAACCGAUCCACGGGACACAUAGACUCCCUCUGGAGCCCGCUGUACAUCGGCCUGUACGCCAGACACCUGCAGCGAUGGCUGGCCUACUUUCCGCUCUCGCAGAUGCACUUCGUCCACGGAGAGAGGCUGAUAAGUGACCCGGCGGGUGAGUUGGGCCGCGUGCAGGACUUCCUCGGCCUGCAGAGGAUCAUCACCGAUAAACACUUCUACUUCAACAAGACCAAGGGCUUCCCUUGCCUCAAAAAGCCAGAAGGCAGUAGCAAACCCCACUGUCUGGGCAAAACCAAAGGCAGAACGCAUCCCAGAAUCGACCCGGAGGUCAUUCAGAAACUGAGGGAAUUCUACCAGCCUCACAACCUCAAGUUCUACCAAAUGGCAGGCAUGGACUUUGGAUGGCAGUGAACUUCUCUAAUGGCUCCACACUGCGGUUCUUGAGCGUGAGCUGGUCUGAAUGGGAUCGAAGUGAAAACCCUAUCUAUAAGGACGGUCGAUGGCUCGGUAGCUGUUCAAAUCAAUGCGUCUGCAGAUAAUUAGAGGGUCACAGCAGUCUUCUCAUACCGUCGGUGUGGCUCCGUCUGAGGGAACUGACAGCAAUGACCUUAAAUCUUUGGUUUAAGUAGCACUUUUCUGCUCUUGCCGUUUUGAUGUCUUUUUAUUAUGUUGCUCGGUCAAGCAUCGUUCAUAUCGAAAAGAGUCUGAAAUAAACUGUGUAGCAUAGACAUAUUUGUCAUUGCUGCAGUAUUUACACUGAACAGAAAGAAGCAUUCAUCUACAAUCACGUUACACAUCCAGUGGCUCAAACUGGUUUUGAUUGUGUGCUGUAACUGGUUCAGAUGUAGAUGCUAUUUCCCUCUGCAUGCAUGCAUUUCCACUAGUCUGAAAUGCAGCCCA